AUGCCACCCCAGUGGCGGCGGGGACCCAUCCAUGACGGGCUCAUUCCAGCCAAAGCAGUGCGGAUCGUGGCGCGCCCACUCCCCCCACUAACAGACUUCUCCAACUCCAACUCCAGUCCCGACCAUGACCAAUACCACGAAAAACGCCGGAGCUCCUCCUUCAAUGAAGGCCGUGUGCCGUGGGUAACAUGGCGAUCCCUGACGCUGGGCGCCUUCGUCUCGAUUGGUGGUAUCAUCUUUGGUUAUGAUACGGGCCAGAUUUCGGGCUUUCUGGAGAUGAACAAUUAUAAGCAGCGGUAUGGACAGUUUCGGGAUGGGGAGUGGGCGUUUAGUAACGUGCGCUCUGGGUUGAUUGUUUCUAUGCUGUCCAUCGGUACCAUGAUAGGUGCACUCCUCGCUGGACCGCUUGCAGACAGGAUUGGUCGGAAAUGGUCCAUCUUUGCCUGGUGUGUGAUUCUGCAUGUUGGUUUGAUCAUCCAGAUUUCCUCACCGAGUGGUAAAUGGUACCAGAUGAUGAUGGGUCGCUUCGUGACGGGUUUUGGUGUUGGUGCUUGUUCGUUGCUUGUCCCGAUGUAUCAGGGUGAAAUUGCACCGAGACAUAUUCGUGGUGCGAUGGUGUGUUCAUACCAACUCUUCGUCACGCUGGGCAUCUUCGUCGCGUAUUGCAUCAAUUUUGGCACAGAACAUAUCACCAACACCGCAUCAUGGCGGAUCCCACUCGGUAUCACGUUCCUCUGGGGUUUGAUUCUAGGAUUUGGAAUCCUGCUCUUCCCUGAAUCUCCCCGUUUCGAAUAUCGCAUGGGUCGUAUCGAUAUUGCCAAGAGGACGAUGAGCAAGUUAUACGGUGUGCCCGAGAAUCACCGCGUCAUUGUCCAUGAGAUUCUUGAGAUUCAGGAGCAACUUGAUGCCGAGAAGGGGGCUAAGGGGGGAUGGCAUGGCUGGAUCGAAAUGUUCCAGGCUCCGAGGAUGCCGUAUCGGAUCGUCUUGGGUGUAGUCUUGCAGGCGUUGCAGCAGCUUACCGGUGCCAACUACUUCUUCUACUAUGGAACCGUCAUCUUCAACGGCGCCGGCAUCAGCAACACCUACGUUACCCAAAUGAUCCUCGGCGGCGUCAACUUCGGCACCACCUUCGGUGGCCUCUACGUAAUCGAGCACUUCGGCCGGCGCAAAUCCCUCAUCGCAGGCGGAAUCUGGAUGUUCAUCUGCUUCAUGGUCUUCGCCUCCGUAGGCCACUUCUCGCUCGACGUGAAAAAUCCACCCGCUACGCCGGGCGCCGGCAAAGCCAUGGUGGUCUUUGCCUGUCUGUUCAUCACGGGGUUCGCAAUGACCUGGGGACCGAUGGUGUGGGCGAUUGUGGCGGAGUUGUAUCCGAGUCGGUAUCGGGCGCGGGCGAUGGCGUUGGCGACAGCGUCGAAUUGGUUGUGGAAUUUUUUGAUUGGGUUCUUUACGCCGUUUAUUACGGGGGAUAUUGAUUUUGCGUAUGGGUAUGUGUUUGCCGGGUGUUUGUUUGUUGCGGUGUUGGUGGUGUAUUUCUUUGUGUUGGAGGGCAAGGAUAAGACCCUGGAGGAGAUGGAUAUGAUGUAUGUGAUGCGGGUGAAGCCGUGGGAGAGUGCGAAGUGGGAGACGCCGGCGCCAGAGGAGCAGUUGACGACGGCGCAGUUGAUGGAUCGGAGGGUUGCAGAGGGUUAUGAUCGUGAGGAAGAGGCUGCGGCGAGUCAGAAGGCUGCCGAGACGCCGGGGCAUCUUCAUGCGGAGGUUACAGCAGAGGCUGGUCCUUCACAGGCUUAG